AUGGAAGCGGUGUAUGAGAUGAUGGGCUAUCCCAAGCCCAAACGCGUGGUCGUGCUCGGAAUUCAGGGCGCCGGGAAGACGAGCGCGCUCGAACGCGUCAAGGACGCGUACGACGCAAACGCCAGAGGUUUGCGCCCCGAUCAAAUCAUAUCCACUGUAGGGAUGAACAUAGCCAAGAUCUCCAAUGCCGAACUCAACGUGGAGCUCACGUUCUGGGAUCUCGGCGGCGCGUUCGGGCUGCGUGGGAUUUGGGAGAGCUAUUUCCAGGACGCCGACGCGUGCUUGUACGUCGUCGACGGCGCCGAAGAGCGAGCGCUGGAGGAGUCCAUGGUCGAGCUUGAGCGCGCCAUGCGCAACAAACGAUUCUCAAAAUCGAUGCCAAUCCUCAUCAUCAGCGCGAAGAGCGAUUUGAGCGGUCCCGAAGGGUUGGAAAUGGUUCGCGCGUCGUGCGAAGACGUCUUCGCGCGCGUCGACGGCGGCGGCUCUCGGCGUCAGACCCGCGUGUUCCCGGUCGAUUGUCGCACGGGACUAGGGGUAAAACCCGCGAUCGAAUGGCUCGCUCGCGCCCUCGCGCCGUCUUCGUCGCUGUUUAGUUUGUCAUAG